GCUGUCAUCUAUUUCGACGAACGAGGUAUCAAAAGGCCUGAGUGUGGUGGCACCCUAGUUACCAACAAGCACGUGAUAACAGCAACACACUGUGGUUUAAAUAAAGAAAAAACAGCUUUUUUGCCCGCGAAGGAUUUUUCAGUGCGUUUGGGUGAACAUAAUUUAUUCAGUACCAAUGAUGAUUCUAAUCCAGUUGAUUUUCCUAUCAAGUCAGUUAAGUAUCAUGAGGAUUUUGAAGUAAAAACGUUUAAGAAUGAUAUCGCUAUUUUGACGAUAGAUGGCACUGUUACUUUUACCAAAAGAAUCCAUCCAGUAUGUCUGCCAUAUAAUUAUCUACGACACGAAGAUUUGGCUGAAAAAAGACCAUAUGUUGCAGGCUGGGGAACAGUAGCAUAUGAUGGUCCAUCAAGUUCUGUACUGCGAGAGGUUCAGGUACCUAUUUGGAAACAUGAGGACUGUCGAAAAGCAUAUGAAAAGGAAAUACCCAUCACCGACAAGUACAUGUGUGCAGGAUAUGCAAAUGGUGGGAAAGAUGCUUGUCAGGGAGAUUCUGGUGGUCCACUGAUGCUUCCCGCGAACGACACAUUUUUCUACCUGGUGGGAAUUGUGUCCUUUGGAAAGAAGUGUGCGUUACCUAAUUAUCCAGGUGUAUACACACGAGUGACAGAGUUUUUAGAUUGGAUUGAAGCUAAUAUAGUAUAGUCUUGAAUCCGUGUCCAGCUAUACGGUAAACGAAUAGGAUUUGCAGAUGUUGGUCCAUUAAACAAUACAGGAAUCUAUGUGAAAAUAAUCAAACAUCUUCUAGUUUUUAAUGCUGUAUUUUAUUGUCCUUAAUGUUUUUGGCGUUAUUUUGUAAAUCAUAUUUCAGAUAAACC